AUGCCUCCGAGAAUAGCCAAUCCCCAACGUCUCUCAUCCUCCCUCUCAGCACACAUUUCCUCUGCCCGAUCUUCACAACCACCUUUCUCUCCUGCCAGUAUAUCCUCAUCGUCAUCAUCUCCCUUACCUUCGCUCCUCUCAUCUUCCACAUGCCCCUCAUGCUCACAGUCCUACUCCCGCCAACCCCAACGCACAUUCAGCUCCUCACCUGCGUCGUCAGUCACAAAAUUGCGACAGCAAAUGUUUGACUGGCUAAACGGUCCCGGGGCUGCUUUCAGGGAUCCUCUACCCGGUAGCACAAACUACCUAACCGCCUAUGACAAACACGGCAGGCUCAUUCGGGCUCCUGAUGAGAAGUCCCCGUCAAAUGCAGAGGGCAAAGGCAACGAGCCGUCGCUCGAACCGAGUGAUGGCUUGUUGCCGCGGGAGUCCACGUCGGAUUUACGACCGUUCCCUCUUAAUCCGCAUUUUGUCAGUCAGAGCGUGCUGAGCGAGGAAUUGCGGAAUGAGAUUUAUAACCAGAUCAAAAUAAAGGGGAAGAGCGUGCGAGCUGUGAGUGUCUUGUUUGGUGUGGAUAUGAAACGAGUGGCGGCGGUUGUGAGAUUGGUGGAAUUGGAGAAGAAUAUGAUUCGAGAGAAAAAACCUUUAGCUCUACCCUAUGCUCGUGCUGUACAUCAGAUGGUUCCCACAACACCAUUAGUUAAAGCACCCCAAGCACCAGUAGCCCAUGAACCAAUCAACGAUCUCCCUGUUCACCGCCUCACAGAACCACAAAUUUUCUAUCCCGUUUCGGAAUCUCGCCAGUUCACUCGAGUAGAUGCCGGCAGAGUUUUCUCCGCAGCCCCGGCUUUGCCACGAGAUAAAGAAGGAAAACCAUUCAACACACCAGAAGCCAUUGCCGAAGUAACAAGGCACCCCCAUCAGAUUGAACGCGUCGGAAAAGGUGUUGAUGAAGAGCAAGUUCUCCAACCAGCGGAUGUCCGCAUUCCGCAUCCACAUCUUGUAGCCUUCCAACACGACCACAUUACACUCAGCGGCGAAGCCAAGCUACGAAACCAAAGAUUCAUUGAACGCCUUGAGGCUGAGGAAGCCGCUGAAAAUAAAGCCAAGGAGGCUAAAAAGAAAAAGCAAGAGGCAUCGAUGCAUCGCGUUGCCCCUGUUGAGAGCCGAUUCGAGUUCCGAUUCCGCGACGUCGUGGUUAGCCGUGUGACGACUGGUACGAACGGUCGUGGAUUGGAAGCGCCAGGCCGGAGAUAUGGUGUACCCAGCUCUGAGAGAAAGCGAGGCACUGUCAAAAUUCCGACGAAGGUGGAGAACCAACGAUCGGGCUGCGAACUGCCUCGAAACAUGCCAAGAGUAGUGAAUGAACUACUCUUGUACGAGGAGCGAAGGUACUCCGUACUUCUAUCAACAACGAACAUGGCGGACCAUUCUCCGGACCCUUGA